AUGCUUUUAUUUGCAGCCCUAGCAGCGGUUGACUUUGCUCAAAUAGUUCACCAUGCGCCUAUCCAAAACGAAUUCUCGGAUUUGGACCAAGUUUUCAACUCCUCAAGAGGCACUAACCACGGAAUAUACAAUUCAUCUUUUGUCCCAAGUAGCAGGUACGGAGAGUAUAAUUUUUGCAACAUGCCUCACGUAAGGAAGGAUACCUAUUCACAGGUGGACCAGUCGGAGUACAAGUUGCAGUUUGUCGAGGUUAUCCAUCGCCAUCACAAAAGAACGCCCUACGCACAGAAUUGCUUCCCUGUAGAAACUCUGGUGCUCCAUUGUGAUGACGCUGUGAACAACUAUUACUCCGAAUUCAAAACUCCAGCUCAGAUCAACAACACGAUGAAGAUCUCCUGGGCCAACUACCAAAAUCGGUAUAACCCUUUUAAUUUUAUCCACAACGGCUACAAUGGCACUUGCCAAUUUCCUGAGAUCUCUUCUGCUGGUUUAGAGGACUCAUACCAGCACGGGCUUGACCUUUAUGGGGUAUACGGCGAAUUACUAGAAUUUCUUCCAGCACGAUAUGACCCCAAGCAAGUAAGAUUUCGUGUGACUAAUAAUGUCAUUACCUCCCACGUUGUUAGUGCAGUGGUUAAGGCCAUGUAUCCUCACGAAAAGGGGAUUGAAGUGAAGGUGGAAGCUGAUGGCUUUGACGCACUCGAGCCAACUUAUUCGUGCGAAAUUGCGGAUGCCAUAGCAUCAGAGAUCACCUCCUCGAGUGAAUGGCAGAGACAUCUGGCUAAGGCCGCAGACCUAUACGAUGAGUUAGACGACAUAUCUGGUGUUGAUCCAAAUUCAAAGGAUUGGCAUCAAUCUUUUGAUCAUUAUUUUGACAAUACUGCAUUCAGAUUGUGUCAUGGGUACGAUCUUGCUUGUAACUCCGGGAAUUCUUCGCUCUGUAUGACACAGCACCAAGCCGAACAGAUAUUUCGUCUAGGAGAUUUUGAGUACAACUACAAGUUUCGGAUUCAUGAGAACUCGACUCUAUAUGCGGCAACCAGCUACGGAGCAUACUUCAAUGAGCUAAAGCACCGUCUUCUUGAAAAAGCCAACGGGAGAUCGAGUCUCAAGUACUCUCACAACGUAGCCCAUGAUGGUUCCAUUGCACGAAUCCUUGGAUUUCUCCAAGUUGAUUAUCUCAGAUGGCCAGGAAUGGGAUCGGAGGUUGUGUUUGAGCUCUACGAAGGACUAAAUGAUGGUGAAUGGUAUCUCAGAGCUCUUUACAUGGGAAGAAUACUGACAACCACAGGUCCUCUCGUGGAAACCGACAUGAUUCCACUCCGUGACUUUGUCGGCUAUAUUGAAUCAAUGAUUGGAAAAGACGCAGAAGUGUUAGUGAAUUACUGCGGCUAA